AUGUCGACAAACGUGGUAACUACUACACAUGAAGAUGCAUUACCAAGCGCAGAGGAAGCGCCACCUAGUAGAUCUUCCUCUAGACAUUCUAGUAGCUCAAGUCACCACCCUAAUACUCAAAUUCCAAGAACUAUUCCUGAGCUACCGGUAGACGCCACAAAAACUAGCACCGGCACUAGCCAAACACAGAAUAUUCCCUCCUCAGCAUCAAGCUCCACCAUAUCUUCGCAAAUACCUUCUGGAAUGCAGAAGAGAGUUCAAAGAGAAGUGCGAUUUGGCGCAUACGUUUUAGGCAGCACUUUAGGAGAGGGUGAAUUCGGAAAAGUUAAGUUGGGCUGGAGAAAAGAUGGUAAAUACCCAAGUCAAGUAGCCAUCAAGUUGGUGAAACGGUCCACCAUAGCUAAAGACUCUGACUCAGAAGUGAAAAUACACCGAGAAAUUAACUCGUUAAAGUUGUUGAACCACCCCAACAUCGUCAACUUGGUUGAAGUGAUGAAAAGUGGGAAAUAUGUCGGUAUUGUUUUGGAAUAUGCAUCUGGUGGCGAACUUUUUGAUUACAUUCUACAGCACAAAUUCUUGAAGGAGCCAGUGGCGAAGAAGAUUUUUGCACAACUAGUCAGUGGGGUAGAUUAUAUGCAUUCCAAGGGAUUAAUUCAUCGUGAUUUGAAGUUGGAGAAUUUAUUAAUGGACAAACACAAGAAUGUUAUUAUCAGUGAUUUUGGAUUUGUCAAUUCGUGUGCUGACAAAAGCAACGAUCUCAUGAAAACAAGUUGCGGGUCACCUUGUUAUGCAGCACCUGAGUUGGUGUUGACUCAGAGUCCGUACGAAGGUAGAAAAGCAGACGUUUGGUCGUUGGGUGUCAUUUUGUAUGCUAUGUUAUCUGGCUACCUCCCCUUCGAUGACGACCCUGAAAAUGAAGAUGGGGCCGAUAUCAUCAAAUUGUAUCAUUACAUUUGCAAAACUCCCUUGACAUUUCCUGAAUAUGUUAGUCCUUUAGCUCGUGACUUACUUAGAAAGAUUAUUGUUUCAGACCCAAGAAAACGUAUUGGAAUUGAGGAAAUUAGAACCCAUCCGUUCUUAUCUCAGUAUGCUGCAUUGCUAUCAAUUAGACAACCAGAAUGGGAUAGAAUAUAUCGCGAAAAGCACGCAGCUACAUCUGCCAGUGUGACGGCUGCUGUUGUAUUGGCAGAGCAACAAACGCCAACAUACAACAAGAGAUUCUCAAUGAUCAACACCCCAACAAGUUCUUCGUCCUUGAUGGGUACCCCAAUGUACCAUCAUCAUAAUCAUCAUCAUCAACAACAACAAAUGUCGCAUUUGCAACCACAGACCCCAAGACCACAACCUUCUACAAUGGAACAUCCAAGAUCAUAUUCCUCAACCAGUAUCAGUCUUUUGUAUGCAUCUCCUUCGAUAUCGGCCACAAAUACACCAAGGCCUACUGAUUUAUCCGAUGGUGGUGCCCACGUUGGAAAAGCCACCUCACCCAAAAAGCCAUCUUCAGUCUCUCCUACUAGAGGACACCAAAAGUCUGCAUCUAUCUCAAACUCCAGCUCUUCUGCUAGUUUUGCAUUGAAGUCAAUGGUUAAUGACGAAACUGGUACUGCAAGACAAGUGGCAAACUAUCCAAACACAUUGGCAAUUCCAACUAUUCUUGAAAGUCCUACAAAAACAACUUUGGAGUCACCGAUUGCUGCAUUGCCUCCUACUACAAAAUUAUUACCACCAAAGGAAUUUUCCAAGUUACCUCCAGCGGCUAAGAAACCAAGACCUACUUCAUAUCAUCCAUCUUCGAUGACAUCGUCAAUGACGACUUCACCAGUUACAAUCUCAUACAAAGAUAUCAUCAAAUUCCCGGCUACAAACGCCAACAUUGCAUAUCCAAACUCCAUGACCCAAUACAUAUCAACAUCUCCACCAAAAGAAAACGUGAUGACACCUGACUCGAGACCAAUUUCAAGUCGAAGAAAUUCAGUAGUUACUCAUGUACACGUUAAUGGCGUGUUAAGCAAGGAUAACUUGGUGGGGCAUGGUGGGUUGAGUGGAUACAAUUCGUCGCCUGACAACAAGAGGAAUUCAGUAUUGAGUUAUUUGGAAGAUAAGAUUGAGGCAUUGGAUUUGACUGAGAGUGUUCAUCCAUCACCUACAAAGUCGAGCAAGAGCUCGGUUGUGGAAAGGGUCGGUAAUGUCUCGAAUGAGAAGGAGGGUCAAGUUGAAGUGGCGUCCAAUGCAGAAGAGCCAACGAAGGAGGGAAAUGUCGACACUAAAUCAGAUGUACAAGAAGAUGGUAAAAGUGAUGAUGACCAGGAUACCAAAGCAGACGAAGGCAAUGACCAAUUGCCCGCGCCAGUGGAGGAGUAUAUCGAAACGCCAAAAGUUACAAACAAUGUUGAUGAUUUGAGUAAGGUUGCAUCGCGACCUUCAGAUACCAAAGCAGCUAAAUCAGUGGUUGAAGUUGACAGAAAGCCUAGCACAUCGAGAAGAGCUCACGAGGAGAAUAAAGAGAAUCGCGAACACAGAGAGGCCAAGAAGAGAAACAGAUUUAGUUUGUUGUCGUUCUACAGUUCAUAUCAUUCGUCAAGUUCGAACGUGUCUUUGCCCGCCGGAAAAGAUGGUUCUAAUGGCUCGGUUACUAACGCAGCCAACUCCACUGCACCAACGCUGUUGUCAAGAGAUAACAACAAACGUGACAUUUCAGGUACAACUGUAUCCUCAAUCGGGUCGACUGCCAUAAAACCCAAGACCAAGACAAGAAAAGUAUUGGAGCCAACAAAUGAACCAAACGUAAAUAAAAAGGACUCAAAGCAAGCGCAUUCCAGUUCGUCUAGUGUUAUUAAUGGGCAUCAUGGUUCAAAACGUCACUCAAUCGCUGUAACUCCAGGUGGAAAUAAUAAUAAUAAUGCACCAAAGGAAUCAAGCGCAGCGAGAAAAGUUAUGGAUUUUUUCAAGAGAAGGAGUGUAAGAGUGGGGUGA